AUGAAGUUCCCACACCCCUGGGAAAAGGUUGGUGUUGAUCUAUUCACACUUGACGGCAAAGACUAUCUUGUGUGUGUGGACUACUACAGUAACUUCUGUGAAGUUGAUCGCCUAGAGAACACUAGUUCAGAAACUGUCAUAAGAAAACUUAAAGCCCAUUUCGCUAGAUAUGGCAUCCCAUCUACAGUGGUCUCUGACAAUGGACCUCAACUAUCUUCGGACAGCUUCGCAAAAUUUGCCAAUGAUUGGAGUUUCAACCAUUUGACGAGCAGUCCCCACUAUCCCAGAUCAAAUGGGAAAGCUGAAUCAGCAGUGAAGACUGUAAAGACAUUAUUUCUUAAAAAUAAAGAUCAGUUCGUGGCUUUACUUAAUCAUAGAAGCACCCCGAAUAAAACUGGUACUAGCCCAUCACAGGCAUUUUUCAACAGAAGAAUCAGAACCUUGCUGCCUAUAGCUAAAAGCCUGUUGAAACCUCAAGUUCUGGAUCCUCAGAAACAUAGAAAAGCGCUGAAAGAAAACCAGAGGAGAUCGGCGAUUUACUACAACUCCCAUGCUAAAGAUUUACCUCCCCUUGCUAAGGGUGAAGAGGUGAGACUAAAGUCAAGGUCGCGUGGCCACGAGCUAUAA